GAAAAAUCUUUCACUCAUCAUACUCAAUAUGGAUUUAUUGUUCAAUUUCUUAUUAUUCACGAGCAAACGGAGGCCUACUUCUUGGGCAUAUUUUGUGUAGAAGCAUCCCUUAAAAUUUUAGCAUUAGGUUUUGUACUUCAUCGCGGCUCAUACCUUAGGAACAUAUGGAACAUCAUGGAUUUUUUUGUAGUAGUAACAGGGUUUAUCACUCUUAUCCCCACAAACGAUUUAGAUAUGGAUCUUCGCACAUUGAGGGCAAUUCGAGUACUCAGGCCCCUCAAACUCGUAUCCGGCAUCCCAAGUCUGCAGGUUGUGUUGAAAUCUAUAAUCAAGGCGAUGGCCCCUUUACUCCAGAUUGGUUUAUUAGUGUUGUUUGCCAUUGUGAUAUUUGCCAUUAUUGGGUUGGAAUUUUACUCAGGAGCAUUGCACAAAACCUGUUACAACCUGGAAGACUUAAUGAAGGUUGUCCCUGAAGGUGAUUCCGAAACUCCCUGCAACACAGAUAAUAAGACUGAAGCUCCACCUGGGGCCUAUGUGUGCAAUGCCAAUGUUUCAAUAUGCCUGGAAGAAUGGGAAGGACCGAACAACGGCAUUACCUCAUUUGACAACAUAGGUUUUGCCAUGUUGACUGUCUUUCAAUGUAUUACCAUGGAAGGCUGGACAUCUAUUUUAUACUGGAUGAAUGAUGCCAUUGGUAGCUCAUUUAAUUGGCUUUAUUUUGUUCCACUCAUUGUUCUGGGUUCGUUUUUCAUGCUCAACUUAGUUCUUGGUGUUCUUAGUGGUGAAUUCGCAAAAGAAAGAGAGAAGGUGGAAAAUAGGCAAAGCUUUCUGAAAUUAAGGAGACAGCAUCAACUGGAAAGGGAGUUAAAUGGCUAUGUAGAAUGGAUAUGCAAAGCAGAAGAAGUUAUAUUGGCAGAGGAAAGAACAACAGAGGAAGAAAAGAUGCAUAUUAUUGAAGCAAGGAGAAGAGCAGCUGCUAAAAAGAAGAAGUUGAAAUCAUUAGGUAAAAGCAAAAGUACAGAUACGGAGGAAGAGGAAGGGGAGGAAGAAGGUGAAGAUGGUUUCUCUGGAGCUUCAUACUUAAAAUCAAAAGUAAAAAACAAAGGUGCUUGUGCACAGUUCUGGAGAGCAGAAAAAGGAUUUAGGUUCUGGAUACGACACAUAGUGAAGGCACAAUGGUUUUAUUGGUUCGUUAUUGUGCUUGUCUUUUUCAAUACUGUUUGUGUCGCUGUAGAACAUUAUGGACAGCCAGAUUAUUUAGAAAAAUUUUUAUUUUAUGCUGAGUAUGUUUUCCUCGGCCUGUUCAUGAUGGAAAUGCUCAUCAAAAUGUAUGCCCUUGGACCUAGAAUUUAUUUUGAAUCGGCCUUUAAUCGUUUUGAUUGUAUUGUGAUCUGUGCAUCCAUUUUCGAAGUAGUGUGGUCAGCAGUCAAGUCGGGUUCUUUUGGGCUUUCUGUGUUAAGAGCUUUGCGACUGCUAAGGAUAUUUAAAGUCACAAAGUAUUGGGCUUCACUGCGUAAUCUUGUGAUAUCCCUUCUAAAUUCAAUGAGAUCUAUUAUAUCCCUCUUAUUCCUCCUCUUCCUGUUUAUUCUAAUAUUCGCCCUGCUCGGAAUGCAGUUAUUUGGGGGUCAGUUCAACUUUGAAGACGGAACUCCUCCUACGAAUUUUAAUACCUUCCCCAUUGCUCUACUUACAGUCUUCCAAAUUUUGACUGGGGAAGACUGGAAUGAAGUUAUGUACUAUGGAAUCCAAUCUCAAGGAGGCCACAAAAAGGGGGGGAUGGUGUAUGCUUUAUAUUUUAUCGUACUAGUUUUGUUUGGUAAUUACACAUUGCUCAAUGUGUUCUUGGCUAUUGCUGUGGAUAAUCUGGCAAAUGCUCAGGAAUUAACUGCACAAGAAGAGGAGCAGGAAGAAGAAGAUAAAGAGAAACAACAAAUGGAGUUGGAAAAAGAAAUGGAAGCACUCCAAGGUGGAGAUGGCAAUCCACCUCAAGUGGAAAUUUCACCACCAUCACCCUCGCUUGGUUCAAGAAGAGUGAGUAGACGAGAAGAUGAAGAAAGGAGACCAGAAACGGAUGAUGAAAUAACAGGGCCCAAGCCUAUGCUGCCAUAUUCUUCUAUGUUUAUUUUAAGUCCGACUAAUCCAAUUCGUUCUGCGGCUCAUUGGGUUGUCAACCUAAAAUAUUUUGAUUUUUUUAUUAUGAUUAUUAUCACGCUUAGUAGCAUAGCAUUGGCUGCCGAAGACCCAGUAGUUGAGAAUUGUACUCGAAAUAUAAUUCUCAAUUACUUUGACUAUGCCUUUACAGGAGUUUUUACAUUAGAAAUGUUACUAAAGAUUUUAGAUAUGGGUGUAAUUUUACAUCCAGGAUCAUAUUUAAGAGAAUUUUGGAACAUUAUGGAUGCAGUGGUUGUAAUUUGUGCAGCUGUUUCACUUGGAUUUGAAGUGAGUGGAAGAUCUGCAGUACAGAAUUUGUCCACGAUCAAAUCCUUGAGAGUGCUGAGAGUUUUACGACCUUUGAAAACUAUAAAACGGGUUCCAAAGUUGAAAGCAGUUUUUGAUUGUGUCGUUAAUUCCCUUAAAAAUGUCAUUAAUAUCCUUAUUGUAUAUAUUCUCUUCCAAUUCAUUUUUGCUGUCAUUGCCGUCCAACUUUUUAAUGGCAAAUUCUUUUUCUGCUCAGAUGAAAGUAAAUUCACAGAAAGCGAGUGUCAGGGUGAAUUUUUUGUUUUUGAAGGUGAUAACCCGUUACCAAAAGCAGAAAAGCGUUUAUGGAAAGCGAGAUGUUUCCACUAUGAUAAUGUUGCAGCUGCCAUGUUAACAUUAUUUGCAGUACAAACAGGAGAAGGUUGGCCGCAAAUCUUACAAAAUUCAAUGGCAGCUACUUAUGAAGAAAUGGGUCCAAUUCAGAAUUUCCGUAUUGAAAUGUCCAUCUUUUAUAUAGUGUAUUUUGUAGUUUUUCCAUUCUUCUUCGUUAACAUAUUCGUAGCUUUAAUUAUUAUAACAUUUCAAGAGCAAGGAGAAGCAGAACUUCAAGAUGGGGAAAUAGAUAAAAAUCAGAAAUCUUGUAUUGACUUCACGAUACAAGCGAGACCUCUUGAAAGGUAUAUGCCAAAUAAAAGAAAUAGUUUUAAGUACAAAAUAUGGAGAAUAGUCGUGUCUACCCCGUUUGAAUACUUCAUCAUGAUGCUUAUUGUAUUUAAUACUUUACUUCUCAUGAUGAAGUAUCACAAGCAAAGUGCAAUAUACAAGAAAACUCUUAACUACAUGAACAUGGGCUUCACUGGCAUGUUCACGGUUGAGUGUGUUCUCAAGAUUAUGGCAUUCGGAGUGAGGAAUUUCUUCAAAGAUCCUUGGAAUACUUUCGACUUUGUUACUGUUGUGGGAAGUAUUGUGGAUGCCCUUGUUCUUGAAUUUGUAGAAAAUUCUUUUAAUGUUGGAUUUUUGAGGUUAUUUAGAGCUGCAAGACUUAUUAAACUGUUAAGACAAGGUUAUACUAUACGAAUAUUAUUAUGGACUUUUGUGCAAUCAUUUAAGGCUCUGCCAUACGUUUGUUUGCUCAUUGCUAUGUUAUUCUUCAUAUAUGCAAUUAUUGGAAUGCAGGUGUUUGGUAACAUUGCGCUCGACCCUGAAUCCUCCAUUACACGACAUAACAACUUUCGCAACUUUAUUCAAGGCCUGAUGCUCCUCUUCAGGUGUGCGACGGGAGAAGCAUGGCCUUCGAUAAUGUUAUCAUGUGUGAAAAAUAAACCUUGUGAUGCUAAAAGUGGAAAGACUGGAAAUGAAUGUGGCUCAAGUCUUGCUUAUGCUUACUUUGUUUCAUUUAUAUUUUUCUGUUCAUUCCUUAUGCUAAAUCUUUUUGUUGCUGUUAUAAUGGACAAUUUUGAUUAUUUAACAAGGGACUCAUCCAUUUUGGGGGCCCACCAUUUGGAUGAGUUUGUUAGAAUAUGGGCAGAAUAUGAUCCUAAUGCUACGGGUAAAAUUCAUUAUACUGAAAUGUAUGAUAUGCUGAAAAAUAUAGACCCACCUCUUGGGUUUGGAAAUAAAUGCCCGAAUAGACUGGCAUAUAAAAAAUUAAUAAGAAUGAACAUGCCUGUUGAUUCUGAUGGAAAAGUGAACUUCACCACGACCUUAUUUGCAUUAAUCCGUGAAAAUCUUAGUAUAAAAAUGAGAAGCGCGGAAGAAAUGGACCAAGCAGAUGAGGAACUCCGUGAUACAGUGAGGAGCAUUUGGCCACUGCAGGCAAAGAAAAUGUUGGAUUUGCUUAUCCCAAGAAACGAAGAACUUGGAAAAGGCAAAAUAACAGUUGGUAAAAUUUAUGGUGCUUUGCUCAUUUUGGAAAGCUGGAGAACAACCAGGUUUGGGCAGAUUGAGGCAUCUGGUGCUCCCGGAACGGAGACUCAGGAUGUUGUGAUUCCUAGCAGGAGGCCAUCAAUCGAAUCAACGCAAGAUACUCACCUCCACCCGUCGUCCAGCUACAGGCAGCACAGGCCAAGGUCAAGGUCUCCCAGCAUCAGGAGGGCUCGUUCGCCUGCAGAUGUUGGAAGAAGUCCUUCACCUCGUAGGGUCUACCACCAUGACAUUGGAUUCAGCGAUACAGUAUCCAAUGUUGUGGAAAUUGUCAAACAUGAGCACUCUCAUAUACGACGAUACCCCCACAUUCGAGGAUCAUGGUCAGCUUCAACGAGUCCAGCACGGUCGCCUAGCCCCGGUCGGUAUGAGCACCAACCACGUCGUGUGGGAGCACAAUAUGGUACAACUAGUUUGGAGCAAAGGUCGAGGUCUCCAUCACCAAGACCAGCCCAUCACCACCACCACCACCAUCACCAUCACCACCAGCAUAGUUACCCAGUGCUGGUUGCCCGGCGGGGACACGGUCGUCGACUCCCGCCUACUCCUUCAAAACCAAGUACCCUUCAGCUCAGGCCUGCAUCUAUAAACUUCCCUAAGCUCAACGCCUCUCCAACAAGAACUGGUUACCCUGGGCCAAUGAGCUUUGAGCAGGCAGUAGCAAUUGGGCGCGGCGGGCGGAUCCUUCCUUCCCCUGUACCUAAUGGCUAUAAACCACCCCAGCCCUGUGAUAGGCAUUCAGAUUCAGAUGAUGAUGAUUGGUGCUAGCCUUUGCUACAAGCCAGCCCCUAACAGUAACUUGUUGGAGGCUGGUUUAUGCUGGAUGAGGGCCCACACAGCCUAGCUCUCAGUACUGCCACAGUCAUCUCUGACUUCCCCUCAAGUGCUUUACACAGUGAUUGGGUUAUUUUGUUUCAUUUUCUGUGAUAUAUAUCUAGUAAGACAUUAUUCGAUGACAAAUGAGAACUCGUGUACUUUUAUUGGUGCUCAGUUAUGCCGAUUGGCCGUGGACACAACGGUCUCAACUAGCUGACUUUAUAUAGUUAUAAUUAAGCAUGUGAGUGAUGUGUGUUCGAGCGACUAUUAUUAUAAUUCUUUUUCCCUCAGGGAAGAUGUAGUUUAAAAUAGUUUUUUCUCUAUAUUUUUGCUGCUGGUUCUAUGUUAAUCUAUUUUUCAUUGUCAAUUUGUCUGAUUUGGAAACAUUUCUUCAAAGCUAUUUUCUUAGACAACUGUAUAGUUGAUUUGACUUCUUUUUUACUACCUAAGUGGCAAUAUCCUGUUGCUCGGUUCAUCGGGAAAUUCUCCCGAACUUACUUGUAUUAAAUUAUUAGUAAUCAUGACAAGUUGCCUUAUUACUGUUGGUGAGUUCAUUUUGUUUUUAACUGUACUACUUUAAUAGCAACAGUUUCAAGUUUUAUACUCAUGACUGAUUGUAAGAGACUGCAUUCUUUACAAUCUCCUGUAAUGUAUGCAUAUAGUUAAAAUUAAGUACUAUUAUUGCAUUGGUUAUUGCAAUUCAAACGGCUUCAUCUGUCCAGUGGAGUUUGUAACAAUUGUAAAAAUUAACCUCAAUUACUUUGGUCAGGCUUGAGAUUAUUUAUACAUAAUUAUUAUGUGAAAAAAAUACUUUUCUAUCUAUGUAAAUUUUAAAAAAAUUUAAAAUUUUGCCAAUUCAACAUCGUAUACCUAGUAGGUAUUUGUAAAUAUGUAUGUGUUGGUAAACAUAUAUUAUUUUUAUUGAAAUGUUGUUAUUAUUCAGUACUAUGCUGAAAUCAGUACUACCAAUCAAUUUUGUAUACUUGUAAAUAAUACACAACUGUGCACAUUACAGUUUUUAUGUUGUUUUCAGGUACCUUUUCGCUGUUUUUACCACUUUUGAAUGAUGUUCCAUUUUAUUAUUGAAAUUGCAAUAAUACCUCCAAAAUAUCGAUUAAAAUGGUACCAAGAUUUAAUAUAAUCCAUUUAUUCUCUGUUAAGACUGGCACCAUAAUUCUUCAUUUAUUAUAUCUUAUUUUUUUCAAUGUAUGCAAACUUCUCUUAUAUUACUUAGUUCUAUUUGAAUUACUUCAUGUUUUAAUUUUUAUAAAUAUAAAUAUAUAUGUAUAGGAGUGCAUGUAUACAUACAAAUUUAUGUAUACAUAUAUUUCAAAUAUAUAUUAAUAGUCAUUUAACUAGACAAAUAUUCAUAAAUUCAUUAAGGGCAAACGCUUGCCACUGCCAUUAUUGAUGGACCUAAAUAAUUAUAUAGAGUGUGUUUAUAUUGUUGGUAAUGUAUAGUUUUUAUAAGAAUUUAACUUUGUUAACUAAUACUAAAUACCUAUUAGCAAAAAUACUUUAGUUCAAAUGAUUUAUUUCAAAAGCUGGCCAAUUUAGUGCCUAGUCGGCAAAUAACAAAUGUAUAUAGUAAAAAAAUACACAUGUAAAUAUAUCACAGUUCAUCUGUUGAAUUAUGGAAUCAGUCUUUCUCCUAAAUGCUCUGUGAAUGUUAAUAUGUUCAGAUGAUAACAGCACACUAAAUACUGUACUGUUUAUGUAGAAACUGAAUAUUUAUAUACACUUUCCAUUUCCAUUAUAAUAAAUACAGUUGACAUAAUUAUCUCUCAUUCACUGUAUUUGAAAUAAUUUGUGCCUCAAGGCCACCAUACUUCAACUUGUAAUAAGUAUUUUAAUUGUAAUAUUAAGAGAAACUUUCAAUCACAAAUUAAGCAUAGCUUUACCACAGGUUAUAAAUAUUAUAAAAUUUACCAAAUCCAAAUUAUUUACCUGGUUGUCAAUAAUUGUAAAAUUCAUCAAUUAUCUCUACUUUUGAAAUUACCAAAUACCUUAACCAAUGAGCUUGAUAAUAGCUGAACAACAAAACAUGUAAUUAAAGUAAUAAUUUGUUAUUCCUUUAUAUGGCUUAUUACAUUAUAUAACAUAUAUGAGAUUGAAUAUAAAUUUAUUUUUAACAUUCCUCAA